AUGUCCCCAGCCCACGAUGCCAACGCGGGCGCGAAUUCGUGGGGAGUGCUGAUCAAUCCUGAUAAGAGUCCUGCUCCAUUGUUGGAGCAGCUGUGUCUGGGGAUUGCGCAGGUCAUGAUCAAUUUCGAUGAGUAUGCGACGACCGACCUCACCCCCGACCGGAUGGCCGCCUUUUACCGCAAGGUCGGCGGCAAUUACGACCUCCUCUUCCUCGAUACGAAACCCUCGGCUCUGUCAUUCAUCUACCAGCGUCUCGGGUGUUUCCACAGUAUCCAGCCCUCGAACGAUCCCUUCAAGCCCCCCUCCAUCCCGGCGCUGCAGCCGAAUGGGUUCGUGCGGUGGCAGACCAUCCAGCUCCUCCUGGACCCCGACGAGCAUGCACAGUACCUUCAGAAUGCCGUGAGCCUGUGGAACAUUGAGCUUCCAAACGGGACAGCAUGCCCCAAGCUCCUCCCCCGCGAUGCCUUUCCCUCAGAGCCCGACCCGGAGAUGGUGGAGUGGCACGAAGGCGUGAGCCGGCGCUUCGAAUUCGACUACUGGAAGAAGAACGUGCUGAAGGCCUCGCCGCCGAAUUUCCGCACGUAUCACACCGUGUUCAGUCAGAAGGACGCGCCUGCUGCGCAGGAGGAACCCCCGCGUGACCACCACACGGCACAUCCCCGUCGAUCCGUGGACACGGACGACGGGCAGCGCAAGAGCCAGCAGAGCCGACGACGGAGCACCGAAUACCGGCCCUCUGCCACGCGACGGGUCAAAUCGACGUAUUUCCCGCGUCCAGAGGACGAGCCCGACUUCGUGUCCCCUGAAGCCUUUGAAGCGCCUUCGCCGCCUCGGCGGACCUCCAAGUCCACCAAAUCCAGGGGCCGCGAGCGCCCCAAAUCCUUCGUCUACCCGUCCAGCCUCGGUGCGGCGCUGGGCCACGAGACCUCCGACGCAUCAUCCGAAGACUCGGGAACCCCACCGCAGACGACGACCGAACCCACCGCACCAACAGCACCGAGCCCACCGGACCGGCACAGCCACCGCCGCAACCUCUCCCCUCCCCGCUCCUACGCCCGGCGCCACUCCCACGAAGCCUACGCCCGGCGCCCCAAACGGGACGGUUCCCCAGACUCGCCGCGCCGACACACCCACCGCGACAUCCACGCGCCCUCCACGCGCCUCUACGACUCCGACGGGGCGCGUAAACCUCGACCCGCGCAAUCCCGCCUCCACGCCAACGAGCCGCUCCCCGCCUGCAGACCCGGCGGCGUGCGCUUCCGCGAACACAUCUUCCACGACCCGCAGCAACAACCCCAUCCCCAAGCCGAGCCGUCCAUGCCCGACUCCCCGGUCUACGCCCACGUCCACACCCGCUACGUCAACGGCGUCCCGGACCCGUACCUCCGCCACCCGGACUACGAAUAUGAUUACGUGGUCGACGAGCCGCGGCGCGCAAGCACCAGCUACCGUGACACCGCGCACGCACAUGCCCGGACGCAUUCCCAAGCGCAAGUGCAAGCGCAUGUCUAUCCCGUCGAGCGGGACCGCGAGCGCGAGCGGACACGCUCGUACAGCGGCCGGACGCGGGCCGGGUGGGCAAGUCCGCCGCCGGGGAAGAGGGGGGUGAGCGUGGUGGACAUGGAGUAUCCGGCUCCGGUGGCGGGGUCUGGGUCUGGGCGGCGGGCGACGAUGUAUGAGCGGUGA